AUGGCUGAGGCUUCAUGUGUAUCCACACCACCCUCUGUAAACAAGGCUUGGAUUUACAGAGAACAUGGAGAAACUGCACACGUUUUGAAGUUUGAAACAAAUGUGGCUGUUCCUCAAAUAAAGGAAGACCAGGUGCUGAUCAAGGUUGUUGCUGCAGCUCUUAACCCAAUUGAUGCCAAGAGGAUCCUUGGCGUUUUCAGAGCCACUGACACUGCUCUGCCUACAGUUCCAGGGUUUGAUGUGGCUGGUGUGGUGGUGAAGUUGGGAAGCAAAGCCAGCAAAUUUAACAUUGGGGAUGAAGUGUAUGGAGAUAUCAAUGAGGAGGGUAGCAUAAACCUGAAGAAGUUCGGGACUUUGGCAGAGUACACUGCUGCAGAAGAGAGAUUGUUGGCUCUGAAACCCAAAAACCUCAGCUUUGUGGAAGCUGCUAGCCUUCCAAUGGUUAUGGAGACUGCCUAUGAAGGGCUGGAACGAGUUGGGCUCUCUGCUGGCCAGUCCAUUCUUGUUUUGGGAGGCGCUGGGGGGCUGGGCACACAUGUUAUUCAGCUAGCAAAGCAUGUUUUUGGUGCCUCCAGAGUAGCAGCCACUGCAAGCACUAAAAAACUUGAUUUGCUGAGAAGCUUGGGUGCUGAUUUGGCUAUUGAUUACACUGAGGAGAAUGUGGAAGACCUGCCUGAGAAAUUUGAUGUGGUGUUUGAUGCAGUCGGUCAGUCGGACAAGGCAGUGAAAGCAGUGAAAGAAGAGGGGAGGGUUGUGACAAUAUUUGGUCCAAUAACACCACCAGCCUUCAUGUUUGUGCUGACCUCAACUGGAUCCAAUUUAGAGAAACUCAAGCCUUACUUGGAGAGUGGGAAGGUGAAGCCAGUGCUUGAUCCCACAGGCCCAUAUCCAUUUUCUAAGACCCUUGAAGCAUUUGCCUCCCUUCAAACUUCCAGGGCUACUGGAGGAAAGGUGGUUGUGUAUCCCAUCCCCUGA